AUGGGGAGAAGGAGACCCGACGUCGGCGAUGCGGCGCUCACCAACCUGGCGAAUCGAGGUCCGGCCGACAUCGAGAAGCUUCACUUGAAGGCUGUUCGCCUGACGGAGUUCGUGAUUCUGAACGUUGAAGCCCUGCGCAAGAUCGUCAAAAAGAUGGACAAGCAGUGUGGAACCAGCUGGCAAAAGGUCUUCGUGGAGAGAGACCUGAAAAAGAGCCCGCUUGCCACCAGCUCCGCGCAACCAUUCAAUGGAGAGCGCGCCCGCGCGUGCCGAAGAGCGCUGGAGCAACUCGUGAGUCCGGAAAGGCUUCAGGAAAUGCGGAGCAGAGCCAUGGAAUCGGGAGGCGUUGGGCUUUCGAAGAUGCCAUGGUCUUGGAAGCGGACACUCGUGGCUGUUGCGCUAGCGGGCGCCGCGCUGAAGUGGUCAGCAUUUCGGCUGCCUGGCGAACCCAAGUGUCAGCGGUGCCUUGGGCUGCUGAUCUUCACGAUGCUGAUGUGGGUUCUUGAGGCCGCCCCCUUCGAAGCGACGGCCAUGCUCGUGGCUCCACUCGCAGUGUGCCUCGAUGUCAUGGAAGGCGACAAGCACGAGCAGGCCAAGAUGUUGUUGGCCGCCGUCUUCAACGACUCCUUAUACCUGGUCCUCUCGGGCUUUGUGAUGAGCUCGAUUUUUUCCAAAUGUCAGCUCGAGCUUCGUGCCGCAGCACUUCUGCAGAGUUUGCUGGGGCGCAGGCCAAAGUUCUUCAUGCUGGCCAUCAUGAUCCUGGGCGUGUUUCUAUCAGCACUGCUCUCGAAUGUCACAGCCCCGCUUCUUAUGGUGGAAGUGCUGAAGCCACUCAUAAGGGACUUGCCAACAGACAGCCGCUACUCUCGAGCUCUGCUGUUGGGGCUCGCUUUCUCCUGCAAUGUGGGUGGCAUGAUGACGCCCAUCUCAUCUCCUCAGAACGUCGCGUCGCUGGAGGCCUUGCGGCAGCAUGGCAAGAACAUCACCUGGGGGGAAUGGUUGUGCUUGAGCACUCCAUUCUGCUUCUUGGCUGUGGUGAUAGCCUGGCUCCUGCUUUUGCUCGUGUAUCGCUGGGACAUAUCCGCGGACGAGGCCGACCGCCUAGCCCGCAACGGUGAUAUGUCGUCCCGCGGCAUACCACCUGUGGUUUUCGAUCGGGAGGAGAUGUCUUACGAGAAGCUGAUCCUCUUUGCAGGUGCAGUCGUCACCCUUGGUGCGUUUGCCAGCGCUGAGGCAGCUGCUGCCUUCGGGGGCACAUCUUCCAUCGCACUGCUCUUCGUGGCGAUUUGCAUGGGAACAGGCGGAAUCUCUCGGCAGACAUUCAACUCCUACAGCUGGCACCUGAUGUUUCUCAUCGGAGGUGGUAGUGCUCUUGGUUUGGCGGUGCGGCAGAGCGGCUUGCUGAAACUGGUCACAGAGGUGGUGAGGAGUGGUUUGUCGUCCUCUCCACGGCAGCUGGUGGCAGAGUUGACGCUAGUGCUGGUGGGAGCCACAACGUUUGUUUCACACACCGUUGCUGCACUCGUCCUCAUGCCUUUGGUGGUGGAGUUGGGCCAGGAAGCUGGUGUUGAACGACUGGCAGUGCUGCUUGGGGCGUUUGCUUGCUCGGCAGCCUGUGCACUGCCAAUGACAAGCUUCCCAAACGUGAAUUCCCUCAUCGCAGUCGAUGACCGUGGAAAGCCGUGGCUCUCUGUGAAGCAUUUCCUCAUGGCGGGGAUCCCAACUACCCUCGCAUUCGCUCUGCUUCUGGUCACUGCUGGCUACGAGCUGGGCGUAUGGGUGCUGAGCUGA